CUGUUUGCUGCAAUGAACAAUUCAAUGGAUGGCACAGGCUCCUAUGAGGAGCUUGUCAGGCAGAAAGCUCGGAGCAUUCCUCAACAUCGCAUGAAGGAGUUCCUGGAGUCUUUGGCCAGCAAAGGACCGGAUGCUCUGCAGGAGUUCAGCCAACAAAGUGGAGACACUACAACCACCACCACAACCAUGGUUUACCAACAAGAGGCCAACUGCAUCUACACAGACAGCACUGAGGUGGCAGGAUCGCUGUUGGAGCUGGCGUGUCCGCACUCUGGUCUGAUGCAGGUUCAAGUGCAGGUUCAGCCACAGCAGCAGAUACAGGAGUCCACAUCCCAGCAGCAGCCCGUGCAACAGAAUACAGAGCAGCAGAUAGUUCAGGUGCAAAUUCAGGGUCAGCAGCAAGGUCAGAUGCUCAGCCAGGUUCUCCAAGUACCCUCUGGCUCUCAUCAGCAGCUUCAGAAUGUGACUACUGCACAGCUGAUUCAGCCCGGGGACCUGACAGAGGAGCAGCACCAGCAGCUGCAAGCCCAACUUGUUGCUGCUGUCGCAGGAGGACAACAAAUCCAAAUCCAGACAGUGGGGGCCCUCUCACCCACCCAGCAGCAGGACAGUGCAGAGAGAAGAACAAUGGGAGCCACAGUUGCCACAUCCCAGGGGGCAGGUGUCCUCCAGCCAGCCAAGAAGCGCAAAGUGGACAUGCCCAUCACUGUGUCCUACGCUCUCCCGGGUCAGCAGGUAGCCACAGUCUUGGCCAUCCCUCAGGGCCAGGGCCAGCAGCAAAGUUAUGUGUCGCUGCGGCCAGACCUCCUAACUGUGGACAGUUCCCACCUUUACAGUGCCACUGGUACUAUCACAAGUCCCACAGGGGAGACGUGGACCAUCCCCGUGUAUUCUGCCCCGGCUGGAUCGGGAGGCCGGGAGCAGGUGACACACAUUGCCAUCCCCCAGGAGGCAUACGGAACUGUGCAGGUUGCGGGUACAAACACUACAACGAUGACCACAAUGCCGACCCAAGUCACUGUUGAAAAUGACAAGCUGAAAAUCCCCGCCAGUCAAAGUCAGACGGCGCAAGCUGUGUCCAGCAUAACCAGCUCCGGAGGAAUGAGCAGCCAGGAGGAAGUGGUGCACACGCUGGCUGCAAACACGCUGUUCCCGGCUCAGUUGAUGAACGGAAACAUACACAUCCCCGUGGCCGUACAGGGCUACUCUAACGCUACACAGUCCCUUAUUUGGGACCCGCAGCAGCAGGUGCUGCACACACAGGGGCUGUCAGGGCAGGAUGCACAGCAGCUACAGGGUCAGACAGUGGUAGCUGAGGUGGAUGGUCAAGGCCAGCAGCAAGUGCAGGUGCAGGAGCUUCUGCUACCUGCCACACUGAAGCCAGAGGAGGGACUGGACGUGUGGCGGCUUUGGGCUCAUCACAAAAAUACAGAGUUGGAAAAAUCGGAUACGAAUAAACUGGCCCCAAUAGGACGGCGCCAGGCGCUGCGUUUCCAGGAGGACUUGGUGUCAUGCGCGGUGGCUGAGCUCUGCAUGGGUCUAUCUAUGAUGACCACAGAGGCCCGGGGAUUGGAAGGGGAAUCCUAUGAGGCCGAUGUGCUUUACUAUGUAUUUCUGUGCAUACAAAAAUAUCUUUUUGAUAACGGUCGCGUGGAUGAUAUUUUCUCAGAUCAGUACUACACUCGCUUUGCUCGCAGUCUACACCAAAUCUUGGAGCCCUGGAGACCGUCUGUCCAUCCAUUAGGUUAUAUAAUCCCCAGUCAUGUGACAGAGGAGAUGCUUUGGGAAUGUAAACAGCUUGGAGCUCAUUCUCCCUCAACACUGCUCACAACCCUCAUGUUCUUCAACACAAAGUAUUUCCACCUAAAAACUGUGGAACAGCAUCUAAAAGUGGCCUUUUCAAAAGUGUUGAGACACACCAGGAAGAGUCCCAAUAACCCCAAAGACAAGAGCACCAGCAUCCGUUACCUGAAGUCCACAGAGAGGUUCAUAGGGCAGAAAGUAACAGAUGACAUGUACUCAGAACAGCUGGAAGACCCAGACAACCCUUUGCGAUGCCCCAUCAAACUCUAUGACUUCUACCUCUUCAAAUGUCCACAAAGUGCUAAAGGCCGCAACGACACCUUCUACCUGACCCCAGAGCCUGUGGUGGCUCCAAACAGCCCCAUCUGGUACUCAACUCAGCCAAUCUCAAAAGAGCAGGUGGAGCAGAUGCUCGCCCGCAUCCUCGCCGUCCGUGAAAUCCAGGAAGCCAUGAACCUGUCAGAGGCUGUUCAGUAG